AUAUUUAUAAUUUUAUACCUGAUUCCUUCCUGAACCUCAGAACCUGAUACGGUGAGGUGAGCAGUUGAGACUAGAGAGAGGCGGAGAGCAGAGACUAGAGAGAAAGAAGCUUUCCUGUGGUGACUCUAGUCUUUGAUCUAAAGAAAGAUGGAAGCCAUCUUUUCAAAUGAUGAUCUUGCAAUGGAAAUAUUAUCCCGAUUUUCAGCUUUGCAACUUUCGCGUUUCAAGUGUGUCUCCAAGAGGUGGAAGAACCUUAUAUCUGAUCCAUCCUUCUUACGUCUUCACCACCAAAGGUCCCAACUCAGGGGCAUCACAACCCUCCUUAUUCAGCAGCGUAGUGAUAUUACUGGUGAUCGUUUAAGAUGUAGGAUGUCGUUUUUUACUACCUGUGGAUCUUUUUUUGAAGACGACCGUCGUGUUCCAAUUAUGAUACGAGAUAGUUUUCCUGCAUAUGGAGUUGUCAUAAUGGGUUCCAGUAAUGGACUCGUUUGUUGUAGAAGUCGUCAAACUUUGGAACAACGAAUGCUAGUGAUCUUCAUUUGCAACCCAAUUACAAGGGAAUGGAUUUCCCUUAGACCCACUAAUUGUCAUGUUGGUCACAUCUUUGCAUUUGCUUUCUACCCAUUUGGCUCUUCAUCAAACAAGGCCUCUUGUUUUAAAGUGGUGAGCAUUCAGCGUCAAAAAUAUGACCAGAAUUCUUAUUCCUUCGUUAUUUACUCCUCAGAAACUGGAAAAUGGAAAACCUCCAUGGAAGUCUGCCACUGCGAGGACGAUCUUAACGAGAACAAAUAUAUUCAUAUCAAAGGAAGGUUUUAUUGGUUGACCAAGAAACAGAGAAUAAUCGCUUUUGAUCUGGAAGAAGAGCUGUCUGGAGUGAUCAUAGCACCAGGUCCGAUGUUGAGAUAUGGCGUUCGAAAUAGCGAUUGCGUUGGGGAUUCAGAUGGGUAUCUUCAUUACGCGUGUGUUGAUGAGUCUGAUCUUAGAGUAUGGAUGUUAAAAGAUUGUCAAAAACUUGAUUGGGUCCUUAAGCACCAGUUGAAUUUAGAUCAGUUUCGUGUGGAAGGUCAAGUAAUGACUGACUAUCUUCAGUUCAGUAUACGUCGUGUUGGGUGCCUUCCUAAGGAUGAUAUUUUUGCACCUGGUUAUUUAGCACUAGGAAUUUUGACUUUCUAUGAUGAGGUUAUUUAUAUGAUGAGAUGGGGCAGGUUGGAGUCAUAUAAUUUUAGGAACGGAGUCCUAAAACGUCAUUAUAUGUUACAUGCCCCUUUUUUGGACCAUUAUAAUUAUGUACCUGCGACUGUGCUCCCAUACUCGGCUACCUUGGCAGCAAAUGGUGUUCUAAAGGUGAAACAGAACUCCAUUGAUGAUUUGAUUUCAGUCCCAGCAACUGUGCUCCCAUGUUCAGCUACCUCAGCAAUGAGUGGCCUUCUCGGGCUAAUACGUUCCUGUGGUUUUGUUGCUUCAAAUUCUAGUUCUUAUCAAGGAAGGCAAAAAAGAAAAAGAAUCAAACCCGUAAGGGCACCACAUUUCUAAACAGGUGCCCAUUGAAUUGGAAUUAUCUGUAUUUCUUUUGCUUGAAUUGGCAGCAUCAGCCUACCAACUUAAUGAAGCCUUUGGUUUUUUGGCAUGUACAAAGAUAUUUGACCUCCUUAAUCCUUACCAUCUUAACUGUUCAGGCAUAUUUGUGUUUGUUGCAUCAAGUGCUAUAGGUGAAGACCCACGCUCGGCCGCCGACCUGACCCGUUUCGGCCUCUCUUCUCUAUUUUUGGUGUUUCGGCUUUGUGUUUAGGGCUGUGCUUGUGUUUCGGGCUGUGUUUUGGUUUGGGUGUGUUGAUUUUUUUACUUUCUUUUUUUGUUCUUAUUCACUGGUUUUGA